GAUUGUCGUUGCUGUCAAAAAAUUUCUAUAUAUGGAAUGUAAAAAGAAAAUGAAAUCUUAAUAAGAAUGAAAACGUUUUGUGAAUAACGCUUGAGUGGUGAAGUUUUGAAACUUGAAUUGUAUGAGUGAUUUAAAUUUAAAUAUUUCUGAAUUAAAUACAAAAUAAAGUGCAUCAUGUAAUUUGCAACUGACGUAUGAAAAACUUUUUCAUAUGCAGAAAACUUUCAGUUCGGUGGACUUAAAUUAAAUUCCAUUAUCAGAGUGUGUAACAGAUUGAUAUAUAAAAUCUGAGCUCGGAAGCGAAUCAAUUCAACUGAAAUACAACUUACUUUAGAUGUUAACAAGCUGCUUAGCGAUUGCCUCAACAGUGGAGAUCUCGAUUAAGUCCCCAAGUGAUGUUUUCGCCGCCAUCAAUGGAAAUCUAAAUGAUGAGAGCUGUGCCACUUCACCAAUUGCCGACGCAUUGGAUACGAAAUCAUAUACAUCGAUGACAAAACAAUUGACUUCCAGCUCCUCUACAACGAAUCCCAACUGCGCCCUUCUACCCAGUGCAGCCAAUUCAGCCGGAUCUGUUGGCACGCUUAUCCUAUCGCCUCUUUCUUCGCCAGCAUCAAAUGUCGGUUUGGCACAUACCCAACCCGAUGUGAAUGUCGUUGAGACGGAUGGUUGUAAGGAUGCAAAAAUAUUGCAGAAGAGUACCAGUAAUUGCAACACGUUAGUGCCAAAUUCUCUUACCGCUGGCACUUUGGGCGCUAUUGGUUCGGUAAAUGAUGUGGCAUCUUCAGCAAAGGCAGGCAGUGAUGCCAGUGGGCGUUCGGCAGCGCUGGAGCGCGCCUAUGUCCACGACGUUUAUGAGCACUGUGAGGAGCCCACUGGGCCUAUUCGACCACGAAUAGCACAAUUUCUCAACAACUUAGAGCCGGGGGCUGUCGUCUGUGAUGUGGGCUGCGGCAGCGGUCGUUAUCUUACUCAUGGAAACCCAGCCAUAUGUACAGUGGGAGUAGAUCGGUGUCAUCGCUUGAGCAAAGUGGCGCGAGAAAAAGGUGGUGAGGUUAUGAUGGGUGACAAUUUGGAACUGCCAUUCCGUGAUGAAUCAUUUGAUGCGGUCCUUUCGUUGGCUGUUGUCCAUCACUUUGCUACCACUGAGCGCCGUGUGAGUGCUCUCCGAGAGUUGGCGCGGAUAUUGCGCAUUGGUGGCCGUGUAAUUAUAACAGUGUGGGCACUUGAGCAAAGACAUCGCCGUUUUGAGUCACAAGAUGUACUCAUUCCAUGGCAGCCUCCUAAGAUUCGUAAUCUAAGCUGUUCGGAUGAGGAGGAUGAUGAUAGCUUCCUUCCACCGUAUCAUGCCUACACCGAGGAUUCAACAAAUUCAAGUCGAUCAGCUGGUGAUGGAGAUAGCUCCAGUUUGUCUUCAUCGUCGCCUGGUGAGUCGUGCUAUAGCUUUGUCCGGCGUGCUAUUCAAAAACUGGCUAGUGGCCGAAGACACCCUUGGUUUCUGGACUCAUGGACGUCCAAAGAAACAAAAAAUGACAGCAGUCUUGAUUUUGAAGAUGUGAAAGACCUACCUAUUGAACUUCGGCGUCUCGAAGACUCUGAAGAUUUUCACGAUCCACCACUUUCAGCGGGUCUGAAAUCACGGAGUCUUGGUAGUAUACUUAAUCCGCCACCGCGCCAAAUAGUGCGCUCCCGAUCCAGCGUCCCAAGUCUAGGAGGAACUAUUCUUCAUGUAGACGUUAGCCAAAAGCCGGGAACGUCGGCUGCAACUUACUCCUUACAAAAUGCUCUUCAAGCAAUGGACAAUUGCAAUGCCGCUACAGGUAUUGGCACCACAAACAACGUUUCACCAACGAAGUUAAUUAAGGCAUCCAAUGUAAAAAGCUUGAACAGCAACACUUCAUUAGGACGACGCCCAAAGUUAAUCAAACAGAAAAAAUCCCUUUGUGAUGAAGAAUAUCAACUGCCAGAAAAUCCAUUUCAUAUGAUAAGUACCUGUAAUAGUAAUAAUAAUAGCGUCAGCAGCAAUUUGUACCUACGCAGCGGCUGUUAUUAUAACAGCAAUAAUGGCAACGUUAACAGCCAGACGGGAGGAGCAGCAGCAAACCUCCAGAAUUUCCAACAUCAAUCGAGUUUUACCGCGCGGCAAAUGGUGCAAGCAAGUAUCUUUUUGCGAAAACAAAGUUCAUUAAAUGAAGAACUCAUGGCCGUCAAUCGAUUGCGUGAAAAGGAAAGGGUUCGCAAACGUAUUCAGAAACAGACUUCUUUAAAUGAGGCCUUUCUUUGCCGAUCCGCAAUGUUCUCUAAGAAGUUACAUGUCAUACGUGAGAGUUUCACAAAGAAAAUGAAAACUUCUACGGGCAGUUUUGAAAGAGCCACUAAAACGGGAUUGAACAAGCUGGUGCAAAACCUAACCUCUUACAUAACACCAGAAGCAACAAGUUCGGGUCCGUCAGAAAGAACAGUCGGUGAAACAGGGCUAAACAGUACCGCUCAACAGCCUGCGAACGCCCCAAAAUGCAAUAAGUAUCACCAUCAUCACCAUCACCACCAUCACUACGUGCAACAGCAACUUCAACAGCAACAAUCCCUUAAUCUUCAAAAUUACCAUCGCCAACAAGGUGCUUCCAUGCAUGCCCUUGAAAAAGGUUCGCCCUCAACCAACUUGCAAAAGCAAUUGUCACUUGGAGGCAACGUUAAUAAAUACGCUGGCCCGGUAACAUAUUGCAACAGUGCUGACUGCACCACCUCGGUUUGCUAUUGCAGCACAUACCACUAUACAGGUUGCAACACGUUUUGCACCACUAACGAUUGCCAUGAAAAUAAGGAGGAAAAGGCACGCCGACACUCGCGGGAGUCCGGUUCGGACUCCUCUAAAGACAGCAGCCUACAGUCGGAUACCAGUAUCGAGUCUGAAGAUAGUUUCGCCUCGGUUAUUUUCAUUCCGAAACCUGAACAGCAUCAGCAGCAACUUAACUACCAGCAACAGCAUCAAAGUUCUAAUUCGAGUUCGAGCAAUUCGUCUUCAAUCAAUGGUGGUGACAGCGGAAGCGGAGGCGGCUGUCAUGCAUAUGGAAAUUGUUGCCAACAAAAUAACGGUAAUUGCAAAAUACAAUCCAAUGGCAACCCUGUCAGUUGUAUUACAUGCCUUAAACAUCAACCACAUUCACACCAGCAGCGAUUGCCCUCUGUGCCUACAUCCCCUUUGAUUAUGCCAUGCCCACCCACUCCCGCGCAUUCUCCAGCAGCCAUACAAGCGGUGGUUACUUCACCUCCUCGAACAGUAGCGGCCGUAACCGCCGCAAUGGCUAUACUGACUCCACCUUCAAACAAUGUAUGUGACGCGAAAGAAAGUCUAAAUUCCAAAAUUUACGCUAAAAAUACCGAAUAUGCCGAAACCGCUGAGAAUCGAUUCAACUUCGAUGAAGCGCACAUCAAAAAACACGAAAAUGACAAAGAGGAACAAAAAGAGAAAAAUGACAAAGUUGAACGAAAGAACGAAAUCGCUGCUAAAAUAACCAAGCAGAUUAUCAAGAACCUGCCUCCUAUCCCUAAAUUUCGUAAGCAGCAAUCCCUGCAAGCAAUCCGUCAAAACUUUCCGAUAGUACGACGUUGUUCAGCCACCUCCACCUCAUCCAUACCUAGCAUACCGAAACUUAUGUCUCUUGAGCUUUUCAACCCCGCCACCGACGAUUUAGACAGCGACUCUAGCGAGGCGUCUACUCCAAACUCCAUUGAUAGCGUGAUUAGUACUGGUAAAUCGAAUACGACAGCAAUUUCCUCGGAACAAACCCAUAUGAAAACAUCACCAACAUCCGAUCAAUGUGAAGAAUUGGACCUCAAUAAAAGCGAAGAACCUGAAUCCGAGCAAAUAGCCAAAGGCAAAAAGCAACAGUAUUGCCCUGCCGAGCUGCAAAUUGACAGUGCGUUUCCUCAUAACAUAUUUUUGAAUGAAGAAGACAGUUGUCCUAUACCUCCAGCUCAGGGAGGCGUGAAUGCAAAUGUGAUUUCUGUUGCUAAAAAGGAGCAGGACUUUGCUGAGUUUGCUGAACAACUAAACGUGCAGUUAUUACGAAAAAUCGAGGACAAAAACGGCUCUGAUGAGUGUGCAACUUCAGAAGUUAAUAGCGAAACUGGUGAUAAUUUAGACUCGCAUAUCAGCGCGUCGGCAGAAAGCCUAAAUAAAAAGCGCAACAAUGAGUUGCGAGACUUGUCGUCAAUCCGUGAGGAACUGCGAGAACGACGCUUAAUGUUGGCGAAUCUUUCUACACAACCAAGUCUGCAGCAAUCUCCAACCUCUUCGACAUCAUCCUUGUCCUCGCAAACUAGAAGUUUCACUAUCCACGAGGAAAACGAAGAAGAAAGUGAUGAACGGAGUUACUCCCUGCAGCUGUAUGAAAAUUGCAAAAUAUCGAAAAUUAAUUACAAACGAAACCGGCCAUACAAUUUAAAUCCAGAAACAGCUUAUCUACUGCAAGAUGAAGGGGACAUAUUUGAAGAAGAAGAAGAACUCGAUGUCUUGCCAGUGCAAGCAGAACACCAGGAAACUCGAUCUCAAUUGAAAUAUCAAAGCCAAAUCAAUGCUCGGCCUAGCAAAAAUACAAUUAGGGUCGAUUCGGGCGAAUCUGGGAUAGCCGCAGAGAAGGAAGAAAAUACCAAUAAAGAGAAAGAUAAAGACAUGGAAAAACAAAAAUCACUCCACAAUCGACAAUCAACAGAAUCGUGGGGUAAUUCCAACAGCUCAACUGGAUCUCUCGAAAGCCCCUCGCAAGGGGGCGCCACAACACACCACCGCUAUUAUCACGUUUUCCGCGAAGGAGAGCUCGAUGCAUUGAUCAACCAUCACGUAACCAGUCUACACAUAGUAUCUUCGUACUACGAACGGGCCAGUUGGUGUGUGGUUGCGGAAAAGGUUCAAGUCUGGACCAUAUAAACCAAAUUACUGAACUACAACAAUAAUUUAUUUAAAAAUUACCAAAACUACUGAACUAUGAGAGUCCCGGCUCAAUAUUUAUCCACGCAAUAUCGAAAAGAAAUUGCCAGUGUUGCCACACGUCGUAGCUCUAAUUUAGUUAUAAUUCUAAGGGUAAACUCGAUUUAUCCUUUUCGCUUAGUGCAAAACUCGACGCGUACAUACAUACACUUGAAUUCCUAAGCUUUUUACAUCGAACCGAAUACUUAGUCGCAACGAAAAAUCAAACAAGUGGAUUGUACUUUACAAUAAAUAGCUGCUUUUAAACCACCUUGCUUUCAUAUAUACAAACAUACAUACGAAUCCCUUGCUAUUUUAGACGUUUUCCAAAGGCAAGCGCGCAUACAUGCAACGAUUUUUUCUUAAAAUAUUUGGAAUAUAAAUUAUUGCAUUGUACGAUUAUUGGUAAUUAACUGUAAAUAUUCACACACAUACUUAUAUACGCGUGAUUUCAACUACGAACUAAGAAAAUACAUUAAAUAUGAAUACAAAUGUACACCAUUUAAUCACCUAGUUUUUCGACACUUCUGAAUUAAAAUAAUUUUUGCAUUAAUAAGUGUAUAGAAAUACAUAUGAAUGUACAUUCGGAAAGCAUUCAUAUACUCUUAUAAAUAUUAACUGAAAUACGUGUGAUUAUGCAUACUCGUAUUCGUCAUACGUACAGGUAUAUCUUUCGAAUAGGCCAAUUAAUUAGGUUAGAUAGGUUUAACUGAUGACUUCAAUAGAACUCAUAUGUAAGUACAUUUUAAGUGGUAUUGGUAGGUUUAAGUGUGGAUUUACAUACAUAUACGAGUGGGAUUAAAAUGAAACAUAUUGAAACGUAUUUGAGUCUUUCUUAUCUACAAUAAGCGAAGCGGCCAACGGCUAUGUACUAACUCCACAAACCUACGCGCAUGCAUAUAUCUAUAUCAUAUGCAUGCACUCGCCUAUACAUACAUACAUACAUACAUACAUACACACCUACAUGUUGAUAGAUUAUUUUGAGAUUUAUAACAAUGCCAUAUAAAUUUUGUUUUACUGAUUUGUGCUUGAAGCGAUUAGGCAGAAUACUUGAAUGCAGUGUUAUACAAAUACAUGUAGCACAAAGCUUAUAUUAAAUGAAAACCAAUGUUGUACAUACCUAUUUAAGUACACAAAUACACGCAUACAUACGUAAGAAGUUCAUAGCUAAAAUAUGAUAUCAUAUAUUAACUUACGUCGCUCGAUUAGAAGACAUUAACGACCAGAAGUUCUUUCUUCGAAUUUAAUUCUAUGAGAAACAUACAUAUAUAUAAAAUACCUAAGAACAAUAAUUAAUAAAUUGUAAAUACAU